UGAAACAUUGAUAGUUGAAGUUUUUUGAAGCUCUUUGCCAUUCUCCCUUUCUUCAUCAACUUCUCUUUCUCCAACUGCAAUGGCAGAAAGAACAGUCGAACGCCAUUGAUCUUUUGCUGAUGCCAAGCUGACUCCCAGUCACUUCUUCUACGGGUUGUGACGUUCUUCCCCCAAUAGCAGUAUACUGAAUUAUUCAUAUCCGUCUCGGAUCGGCAUCUCACUGAAUCUAUUAAGAUGGCCUAUGAGAUAAACGAGCAAAAGAAGGUCGGUUUGGGACUAUUAGGUUUUGGUGUCUUGUUCUCUUUUCUUGGGGUAAUCCUCUUCUUCGAUAGAGGCUUGCUUGCCCUGGGAAAUAUCUUCUUCUUGGCAGGGGUUGCCAUUCUACUUGGUUGGUAUUCCACAUGGAAGCUUUUCACAACCAGAGCAAACUACAAGGGCUCAGCCUCUUUUCUUCUGGGGCUCUUCUUAAUAUUUGUUCGCUGGCCUAUAUUGGGAAUCAUCUUUCAAAUAUAUGGUUGCAUCGUUCUCUUCGGAGGUUUUUGGCCUUCAAUCAAAGUGUUUCUAUACCAUAUUCCGGUAGUUGGAUGGAUCCUACGGUUGUCCCAUUCUGCUUCUUGAUUCCCAGGACGAGGCUCCGCUGAUCAUGUGUUAACACCUCUAGUUGUAUUUUCUUCUUCGGUUUUUUAUGCUUUACGAACUCUAUUUCCGUUUUUUUUUUUGUUAACAUCUUAAAGAAGUGUAAAGUAGUUUAAAGGUUUUUUAUAUUUAUAAUUGUUCCUAUGUAAAUGAAUGAACUGUUCUACUGAACA